CGGCGCCAAUGUUGUUUUCGCUCCUUCUUCGUGCGAGUCCCCGGGCGUGAACACAACCGCCAUCAUGUCGGGAGGAUUAAGUGUUAUGGCUUUGGAAGAGAAUGAUGUGACGCGGUUCCUGGCCGCGUCCACUCAUCUCGGAUCCAGCAACAUGAACUUCCAAAUGGAACAAUACGUUUUUAAGCGCCGCCAGGAUGGUGUGCACAUCAUUCAUCUGCGCAAGACAUAUGAGAAGAUCUUGCUGGCUGCCCGUGCCAUUGCUGCCAUUGAGAACCCAGCAGAUGUUUACACCAUCUCUUCCCGCCCCAUGGGCCAGCGUGCUGUGCUGAAGUUUGCCCGUUAUACUGGUGCAACCCCCAUUGCAGGCCGCUUCACCCCAGGAGCCUUCACCAAUCAGAUUCAGGCUGCUUUCCGUGAGCCUCGUCUCCUUGUGGUAACUGAUCCCAUCUCAGACAGGCAGCCAAUUACUGAGGCUUCCUAUGUCAGCAUUCCUGUCAUUGCUUUCUGCAAUACUGACUCCCCACUUCGCUAUGUUGACAUUGCCAUUCCUUGCAACAAUAGGAGCCCCCACUCCAUUGGUCUGAUGUGGUGGAUGUUGGCCCGUGAGGUUCUUCGUCUGCGUGGAACCAUCUCCCGCAACCUGCCAUGGGAGACAGAUGUCAUGCCUGAUCUGUUCUUCUACAGGGAUGCUGAAGAGCAAGAGAAGGAAGAAGCUGCCAAGGCUGAGGCCGCCAAGGCUGAGGCAGAGGCUGCCAAGGUCGAGACUCCCGCCGCCGAGAACUGGGGCGCUGACAUGAAUGAUCCCGAUGCCGUAGGUGAUGAUUGGGCUGCUGCACCAGUUACUGGAACUGGUGAUGACUGGGGAGGCGCAGCUGAUGGAUCCAACUGGUAAACAGAAAUACAUAAUAGCUGCUGUAA